UGGGUCGCGCACCUCCACGUGACAGAUGAACGCGCUGUUUUGUUUUGUGUGGUGUCAGCGUACCUGGCGAGGCGGCGUCCGUUUUAAUGGGGCUUCUUAAAGCCUUAGAUGAGAUUACCGGCAGGGAUUAGGAAACGAUAAGGGCAUCACAAAGUGGCCUACAAAAGGCAUCCUUGAGACUUCAGCCCUUCUCGGCCCGUUGUGGUGAGGCGCCGUUCACGUUAGACCAAGCCACGCGCCGUCUCCUCGUCAUGGGCAACACCACGGGCAGCACGGUGGACGACCUGCAGGCGGUGGAGAUGCACCUGUGGUACAAGAAGUUCAUGACGGAGUGCCCGUCGGGUCAGCUCACCCUGCACGAGUUCAAGCAGUUCUUCGGCCUGCGCGGGCUGGACACGGAGGCCAACGCUUACAUCGAGCAGAUGUUCCGCACCUUCGACAUGAACAAGGACGGCUACAUUGACUUCAUGGAGUACGUGGCGGCGCUCAGCUUGGUGAUGCGUGGCAAGAUGGAGCACAAGCUGCGCUGGUACUUCAAGCUCUACGACGUGGACGGCAACGGCUGCAUCGACCGACACGAGCUGCUCAACAUCAUCAAGGCCAUUCGCGCCAUUACGGGCAACGAGAACCAGGAAGUGACGGCUGAGGACUUCACCAACAGCGUCUUUGACAGAAUCGACAUCAACGGUGACGGCGAGCUGUCGCUGGACGAGUUUGUGGCGGGCGCUCGCUCCGAUGAGGACUUCAUGGAGGUGAUGAUGAAGAGUCUGGACCUGGCGCACAUCGUGGCUAUGAUUCACAGCAGGCGACACAGCGUUUAAAGGACAGCGCCGUCCGUCCAUGCUGGUUUGAUGGAAACAUGCCAGUUGCAUUCAAACUGAAUCCAGUCAGAAAGGAGGGAUUCGGUGGAUACAAUCAACAGGCGAUUAUGUUCAUGUAUUUGUACUACUCUU